ACUGCCAAGUCCCAUCUACAGAUCCCUCCCACUUAGGAACUACAAAGGCUUCAGCCUAGAGAGCAGCUCUGCACUAACUACAUCACACCAGCGCUGAACCACAGCACGCAGAGGUGGGCAGAGGUGGGCACGAGGCCAGGUUCCUGAAAGGUCAGGGUUCUGACACAGCAGCAUGGAGCUGGUCCAGGACACUUGCCGCCCGCCACUAAAAUAUGUGAAGGGGGUCCCACUCAUCAAGUACUUUGCAGAGGCACUUGGGCCACUGCAAAGCUUCCAGGCCCUGCCUGAUGACCUGCUGAUCAGCACAUAUCCCAAGUCAGGCACCACUUGGGUGAGCCAGAUACUGGACAUGAUAUACCAGGGUGGCAACCUAGAUAAGUGUCACCGGGCCCCCAUCUACAUCCGGGUGCCCUUCCUUGAGUUCAAAGCCCCAGGGUUUCCCACAGGUUUGGAGACUCUGAAAGAAUCACCAGCCCCACGGCUCAUCAAGACGCACUUGCCCCUGUCCCUGCUCCCCCAGACUCUGUUGGAUCAGAAGACCAAGGUGGUCUACGUCGCCCGAAAUGCAAAGGAUGUGGCUGUCUCUUAUUACCACUUCUACUGCAUGGCCAAAGUGCACCCUGAUCCUGGCACCUGGGACAGCUUCGUGGAGAAAUUCAUGGCUGGGGAAGUUAGCUAUGGGUCCUGGUACCAGCACGUGCGAGAAUGGUGGGAGCUCAGGCACACCCACCCUGUUCUCUACCUCUUCUAUGAAGACAUGAAGGAGAACCCCAAAAGGGAGAUUCAGAAGAUUCUGGAGUUUGUAGGGCACUCCCUGCCAGAAAAGAUCGUGGACCAUAUAGUCCACCACACAUCUUUUGAGGAAAUGAAGAAGAACCCCAUGACUAACUAUACCACUAUCUCCUCUGACAUCAUGGACCACGCUGUUUCCCCUUUCAUGAGGAAAGCCCUCUCCCCACUCCACAAGGCAAGGCUGGGGACUGGAAAACCCUCUUCACGGUGGCCCAGAAUGAGCAAUUUGAUGCUGACUAUGCCCAGAAGAUGGCUGGCUGCGACCUCAGCUUCUGCUCGUAGCUCUGAGUGUUCCGUGGGAAUCACUCCAGAGGAAGUAUGUGAAACAAGCUGACCCAUGAAUAAAAUAUUCUGACCUCAAGAAUAAAAUAUGAUUUGCAUUCAA